AUGCAGUUGUUUGUGAAGUCUUUUGAUACGCAUGUCGUUAAUACCGAGAGUUGUCAAACCGGGGCUGAUCUGAAGCUCUUCCUUGCUAACACAGAUGAUCUCCCCCUGGAUGGUGUUCAACUGUACCAUGGCUCAUCGUUACUGAAUGAUGACUAUCCACUCGUGAAUCUGGAUCCAGAAUCUCAUAUUGACGUUGUUGUUCCGAUUCUUGGAGGUCAGUCAUUUCUUUUUAUCCUUUCGAGUUUUGUAGGUAAGGUUCAUGGGUCCCUCGCUCGUGCUGGGAAGGUUCGUGCCCAAACACCUAAAGUGGAGAAACAAGAAAAGAAGAAAAAACCACGAGGCCGUGCUAAACGACGCAUGCAAUACAACAAGCGCUUCGUCGCCGUUGUACAGCUCGUCGGUGGUCGCCGCCGUGGACCGAAUGCAAAUGUUAAGGCAUAG